AUGUCAACUACGAAUCGAUUGGAUCUCGUAAUACUUGGCGCGACUGGUUUCACGGGAAAGCGUGUGGUUGGUGAGUUGGCGAGAAUCGGCAAGAAUUAUCCGGAUAUCAAGUGGGCUGUAGCUGGAAGGAACCGGAAUAAACUGGAAAGUGUUCUUCAAGAUAUUUCGGAAAAGACUGGUGACGAUUUGUCAAAAAUUGAAAUCAUAAUAGCGGACGUGGAGGACAAGAUUUCUAUAAAGGACGUGUGUUGUCGAGCGACAGUCGUUGUCAACUGUUGCGGGCCAUUUGUGCAGUACGGGGAGGUCGUGGUAUCCGCGGCUAUUGACUGCAAGACACAUUAUGUCGAUGUCAGUGGGGAGACCCAGUUCAUUGAGUUGUUGGAAAAAAAGUAUGACCAGCCGGCACGAGAAGCAGGAAUUUAUAUAAUCAAUGCCUGUGGCCUUAGCAGUAUCCCAGCUGACUUUGGAGUAUCUUUCUUGGAACAGAAUUUUGGUGGCACGUUAAAUUCUGUAGAGUCAUAUUUGAUAACACAUUUCCCACCAAGGAUAAUGGUAGAGGGCAGACGUAACGGCAUUAUCCGAUACAGCAGUUGGGUGGCAAUUAUUAACAGUAUGGCAUACAUAUCGAUGAAGAAGAUCCGACAAAGGCCGUCUUUUAAAACUGAACCGGAAUUAAAGCAGAGGUGGCUACUUCAUAAGAACUUAAACAAAUGGUGUCUCCCAUUUCCGGGCGCGGACAGUUUCGUAGUUCAUCGCACACAACGUCAUUUAUUAGCGACGGAUAACAAGCGACCGGUUCAAUACAAACCGUAUAUAACUUUCCCUUCUAUUUUCUCAGCAAUAGGGACUAUAAUCGGUUGCAUGCUGCUUUUCAUUUUGAGUAAAAUGCCUUGUACAAGACGGUUGCUCUUAAAACAUCCGAAGUUCUGUUCCUUUGGACUAGUGACGUAUGGUGAUCCAAAAGAGGGGAUGAUGGACGGUUUUUGCUUUCAAUAUGAAAUGUUGGGGAGAGGGUGGGACGAAGGGACCGAUGUAAGGACGACUCCAGACAAGAGACUCGUUGCCAGAGUUAGCGUGUCAGGUGUUGACCCAGCAUACGUCGGAACGGCGGUGGCUGUUAUAUUCUCAGCCAUAACCAUCAUAAAAGAAAAAGAAAAAUUGCCUCCCACAAGUGGAGUUAUGACAGCUGGCGUCGCUUUCAGGAAGACAAGUAUCCUGAAAAAAUUGCAAGAGAAUAACAUAAAGUUUGAAAUUAUUAAAAAAUAAUAAUAGUUAAUCAGAAAAACAAUACCCAUUUAAAUGUUUUAUUAUUAGAAUUAAACUAUAGACCUCUA